CAUGGCUGAAGAAAAGAAAGAAAUUCAUCGGACUAAACGUAUUUUCGUCAACAAUAUCGAUACUUAUUCAUCAAAGUAUAUUGCAAAGUUUUUGUCAACCUGCAUAGCUGGACAGUCCUUGGAAGAGGUGGACACUGCAGUAGAUGACGAAGACAAACCCAUUCAGGAGCCUUCACUUAGAGAUGGAACAUUUCAAGUCGUUGGAACCGUUGCAACCAAAGAGGGAAACGAUGACACUUUUGCCCUGGAACAGUAUUCAUCAUCAAGUCGUGAAGAGCUGUUGUUGCGCCUUUUGGAAUGUGAUGUAGUGGUUUACAACAUCUCAGAAAAAGCAACGCCAGAGUUAAUUGAUGAAGCGACAUGGGCUUUGACUGCAAUUCAUGCACAGAUGGACGGAUGGACUUCUCAGAAGAUGUUUAUCCUGGUGUCAUCUGUGAUGACAUGGGCGUUGAGCACUUCGGAUGACCCAGAAUUACCUUUCACAGAGGACGACUACCGUAAGAAGAAGCCUCACCCGAACUUCAAGGAGCACACCAAUCUGGAGAAACUGUUGCUCAAACUGGGAAAAGUGAAAAAGUCCAAGUUGACCUGUUAUGUGGUAGCUGCAGGUCUUCAGUACGGCAUGGGAGAAAACAUGUUUCACUUCUUCUUCAAGGCGUCAUGGCAAGGAGGGUUUGCAAAAGUUCCCAUUUUUGGUCGAGGCACAAAUGUUAUCCCUACUGUCCAUAUCAACGAUCUUGCCGGGGUGAUCCAGAAUGUUAUUGACCACAAGCCGAAGAUACACUAUUUCCUUGCUGUAGAUGACUCCAACAACACAUAUGAAGAUAUUGUGAAGGCUAUAAGUCUUGCACUGGGACCUGGCAAAAUCAACACAGUCCCCAAAGAAGAGGCUUACAUCACCAAGGCUUUGACUUCGUCUGAUCUGGAUUACUUCAGUGUUAACCUACGGAUAGAACCGGCCUUAAUUAAAGAGAAUUUCAACCUCCGCUGGGUGUCAGAGGCAGGAGUAGUUGAAAACAUUAAUGCUGUCGUGGAAGAAUACAAAAAACUGAGACAUCUGCUUCCAGUGACAAUCUGCCUAAUGGGGCCACCCUCAGUGGGGAAAAGUACAGUUGCAAAGAAACUGUGCAAGCAUUACAAACUGCACCACAUUAAGAUCAAAGACACCAUCGAUGAGAAACUAGCUUUUCUGGAAGAUGGAGCGAAUGUGGGUCUGGAGAGUGAGGCUGAAGACUCUGGCAGCUCUACUCAGGACCUGCUUAAUGCCUUGAAGGACAACAUGACUCAAAAUGACGGCCGUCUGGAGGAUCUAUAUGUGAACCGCAUUCUGCGGGACAAGCUGAACUCAAAGCAAUGCCGAAACCAAGGGUAUGUUCUUGAUGGCUACCCGAAAACCUAUAUCCAAGCCAAGGAUUUGUUCUAUGAACAAGACAUGGAAUCAAUGUACAGUCCCAGUAGUAAAAUUCCUGUGUACAACAAAAAGAUAAUUCCAGAGUUUGUUUUCUCCUUGGAGGCAUCAGACAACUUUCUGACAGACAGAGUACAGAACCUUCCAGAAAGUUUGGUGGAAAACACGCGUUACAGACGGGAUGAGUUCCUGCAGCGUCUGGAGAAGUAUAGGGAGAUGAACGUGGAGGACGAAACUGUUCUGAACUACUUUGAUGAGCUGGAGAUUCACCCAGAGCAUAUAGAGGUCAAAGAUUCACAAGAUGUUGAGUAUGCCGCAGUCGUUGAAAAGAUCAUGAAGGUGGUGGGGCCAUCCAGGAACUACGGGCCCACCCCGGAGGAGAAGGAGGCCCAGGACAGGAGGAUAGCACAGGAGAGGAAGCACACGACGGCUCUGGAGGCAGCAGAGAACAAGCGCAGAAAGGCGGCCAUAGCUGCUAAAAUGACUGCUCAGCUGGACGAGUGGAACCGGCACGUGGCUGAGGUUAAAAGGCAGGAAUACGAGCUGCAGGAGGCCCGAUCCGUCCCACUGAGGAACUACCUGAUGCAGUAUGUGAUGCCGACUCUCACCAAGGGUAUGGUAGAGUGCAGCAAAGCUAAACCAGAUGAUCCUGUUGACUUUUUGGCUGAAUAUCUUCUUCGGGACACUUCACAAGAUUAAAGCAUAAUAGGUUGUCAACUUUACUAAAUACUUGG